UGUUGGCAGUACAGUCGAUCACUCUAUCAUGCAUUUAAUUCUACCGAGUAACCACACCAUCAUCCAAAAAUUCUAAUGCAGGCCCUAUUUUCCGGCAGUCUUAUGCACCGUCUAAUCCCACCCGUCGACCUUGAAUCUGAAGGUCAUGUCUCCUUUGCCUCUCUCUAUGACGUUGCCGUUUGGAUCCCACAGUGCCCUCUCGGUAUAAGUCACAUUCCCAUCCCAAUCCACCAGCACUAUCGUCUGCCUCUGCGUUCCGUACAUGCCCGUGGCGAAACCCAUGGUUUGAGGGUCUGGCCGUUGGGCUCCGACCACCUUGGACAGGCUUUCUUGCAUCUCGGGGUCGGCAUGGUUGCUCUCACUCGUUCCUUUGCCUGCCGCUUUCACCAUGUCGUCCUGAUGCUUCGAGUCGCCUAUCGGGGGGAUGAAUAUGGACUCCUUGAGCUCCCCCAGAUGCUCCUCUAGGCUCUUCCCUGGGUGGGUUGGCAGGGUGUUCUGGUCCAAGACCCAGAACAGUCUCUCCCGCAGCUCGUCCUCGCCCAUGCCCUUCUCGACCGCCUCGCCGACGACCCGGUUGACCAGCGAUUUUCCGUUCUUCACCUUGGGCCACUCCACAGGGUCAUCGAAUGCGGCAUUGCUGAGCCCAACCGUCUCACCUCUCUUGCCCACAACCCAUGGGAUCUGACCAGGGUGCUCGGCACGAUUUGACAGGAUCGCCAUGGGCUCCAACCCGUCUUCACCCUCGCCCUUUCUCCGUCUCAACCUGCCACAGAUGAGCGAAAAGCCGCCGACACCAUGACAGCCGCCGCUUGCCAUGACUGUCUCCACAUAGUCGCGCACGCUGCGGUCUGCUGAGUUCUCGAGCCACGAAGUGACCAUGGCCCCCCGGCUCUUCUGGCCGCUGACGGGCUGGCCCAGCCUGCCGGGGUCCAGCUCGCGGUAGUUGGUAAGCACCGAGAAGUGGCCCGACUUUGUGAUUCCGAGCCAUGUGCCCCUCUCAGCACGCUGCAGAUCCCGGGACGAGAGAAUAUGCUGCAUCUCUUCUGGUUCGGCAUCCGGGGCGUGGCCGUUGACGCCGUGCUGCUGCCAUGACACAUCGGGGGUGGGCGUCCUGGAGGGCUGGCGGGAGGCUCGCGUGGUCCACCAGUGCGGCCGCGAUGUCGGGCGGAGGAUGAACUCGUCCCGGUUGUCGAUGACGAUGAGCGCAUACUUUGGGUGCGCGGUGGUAAGAAGGACAAUACACAUGGUGUCUCUGGCGGGCUGCCGCUGGGGCGAUUGCAGUCAAGAUUCCUAGAGGGCGCACAGAGGUUGGGCUUGCUGGUGGGCUCGCUGGUGGUCUUGCUGGUGGUCUCUGCUGCACAUUGUGCGCCUUUCAAGGAGGCUAUGAGGUCACGCCAGCACAUGCAGCGUCUGACCGGUAACUCGACGCCAAGCAGGCCCGACGCACGGGAUCUUACGGAGCAGGGUUGCGGCGCAGAUGCCAGGGAACUGACAGAAGGGCAAACCAAGAAUCAGGCCAUCUACCCCGUAGACAAUUCUUGGGAAUGCCACAGCCAGGCCAUGGCAUCGAGCCUGCGAGCACGCAUUGAGCACGCAGUAAGACAGACGGUCGGUGCCGGCAGUCGCUGGCUGUGCUGCUGCUGUGCUGCUGCUGUGGUAUACCAGCCAGGUGAUUGCGACUGCCACUAGCCAGCCGCCAAACGACCUCAGCAUACUACUAAUCAUGACAUGCCUUGCCACGUCCCCGUCGCAUGAUCUUGCAGCCUUCAAUCGCCAACCCUCUUGCACCGGCAGAUACGACUGGGGAUUCUUGCGACCAGUCGUGCCCUGUCAGUCUGGAUUGUGGACCACUGCCGGAAGGAGCUGCACCCUCACUCGAAUCCGGUCUGUCGGGGCUUCUUCGUAGCACGUCUGGAUGCUGUGGGCUGCCUGGGGCCGCGGCUGAUGGCCUCCCUGCCCCGGCAGGAUUCAGUGGUUCCCCGUGGAUGGGGCAGGGUCCACACGUCGAGAUUAUCACCCUGCCUCGAUCACACGGGGUUUUGGUCUCUCGAAAAGUACUCGAGUGGGCUGGACACGGCGUCACCAUCGCUGCUCCUGGCCCGACUGCGCACCCGUCAUCGUACACUUGUGGAUAAAGAUAACACAUUCUCGCACCGCCUGGUGGGGUUUCGCCAUCCUUUGCUUUCAGAGUUCCCCUGGCCAUGGCGCAACGUCCCAGGCACGCAAGGCACGCUACGUGCAUACCCAGCCAUGUACUGUGCUUCAUUGCAUCACAUCUGUCGACAAAGCGCCACCACCUUUGUCCCACUCGAUCCGGCACGCGCGUCUGCCAUGUUUCCGUCGGGGCUGGUCAGCUGGUCCAGCGGCGUGACGUUCCUACAGUGAGGUGAGUAUGCAUGUACAGCCAUCUCUGGUGAGCCUGGUGAGCCGUCGGCAAUCGGCACCAGUCGCCCUUCGCCUCUCGCGAGCAUAUCCUACGCUGCACCUCGUCACAUUGCAAUCGCGGGGUCGCAGAGUCGCAACCGAUCCCACAGGAGCAUCCACUGUCGGAGGUCUGGAGCCCGGUCUGGAGCGCACGGCCGUGCUGUUUGUCUCUGAACCUUCGCGCAGAGCACCAUUGGAGCAGUGAGCCCGCAGUGAGCCCGCAGUGAGCCGGUGCUUGCCCACGCAGUUGGGUUCUGGGCCCUCGACUUUAGCCUGCCAAGCUGCUUCCCAACCCACGCCUGUGGGAGCCACGCCCGGCACGAUGCCACCUCCCUGCUCCCAGCAGCGGCGUCGCAACCGGCAGAGCGAGUGCCACAGGUAGCAAAAUCUCCGGUCUGCGAGGCCAACACGGUCCUGGCCGUGCACGUGUUUACAUGGGCGCACAGGAUGAAAGGACUGCCGGAUCCCACUCAUUCAUUAUAUGACGCCCGAGCAGCCCAAGGUCAUCAGGGACCGCCCCGUGGUCCGCGCUUGCACCAGGCACCUGGCACCAGGCAGCAAGUCCCUGCGUCUCCGCCAGAGCCCGGCUCGAAAGCGGAGCCCGGAAUAUUUCAAGACGACCGCCAGCACCCCACAAGUAUGGUGAUGAGCCCGGGGCUGCCGGAUAAAAGGGGCACGGGAUCCCUUUUCGGUCUAGCUGCACGGCCCGACUCGGUGACUGAUCGCCGCCCUCAGUCUCACGACGUGCCUAGCUCUGCUAAUAGUUCGGUCGGAAACAUGGCCCAACUGAACCAACAUUACGAGGCCAGGGAGACAGCGAGGCAGGGAGCCAGGGAGGGGAGGGGCGAAAUUGUUUUGCCGGUGCUCCAAGGCCCACCAAACCUGCCUGCUAGCCGUGCAGAUUUUGGUAAGCGAUGUCACAGUAUUUCUAAGCCCGGUCGUCGUCCUGCUGGGGGACCUAUUCGGGCCCCUGAUCUUCAGUGAAGCCCGGUCGCCAGCAAGGCCGGCCUUCCAGUUUCGAAACGCCAUGAGGCGGCGAUGUCACGAGAUCCACGUGGCUUCAGAAACUCAAGCAACGUUGUUGGGGGCACAAGUCGGGGGCACUUACCCGAGUCGGAAGGUUUUUCGUAAAACGCGCAUCUGCACGCAGAUUCCUGAGCGAUGGCGUUUUUUUGGCGUCGGCAUAUUUGUGAGGUCACCGUUGGGCAAGUAUGCGGCUGUCAAGCACCGAUACUCUGUCGAUGCUACCCAACAAGGCACUGCGCACCAGGUUGGCGGACAUGACUAUUGUCGCCGAACCUGCAGCUGAAGGUUGAGUUCACCCUCCACCCUGCGGCCGACGUGUUUCAAAAUUGCAUCUCGAAGAUCAUCCACGAGGGCUCCGCUUGGCCGGAAUGCCUAGGAGUCUAGGUCCCAUCGUGCAGCGCACAGCAACGUCGCUUAGGUUUCCAGAGCCCCCCUCGAGUUCGAAGUGUUGACCCCCACCUGGCUGUUGUCUGCUAACCCCUAGGCCUCCGUGCGACACUGCGACCCUUUAUCUUCAACAGAGGCAGAAAACGGCGCUCGUGCCCAAAUGUAGGGCUGCCGACAAGGGCACAACAAGUACAUCUCCCAACCGAAAGCUUCUGCCGCUAUUGGGAUUUUCAUGCUCACCGACGGGACGAAGCCACCGUAAAUAUGCAGGGGUUUCACCCCACCGGCUCUAUCAUCCCACCGUGACAACGCCUCACUCUGCGGUGGUCUUUGUGGCGCGCAACAGACUUGUGACUCGUGAUGAUAUUGCUCAUGCAGGUAUAUUGUACACGACGGACCCGACGACCAGUUCAGAUUCGCGAGCAUGGAUCCCUCCUCAUCAAGGCUUGGGGACGAUCCUGUCAGGCCGGGACACCCCGACGAAAGGCUAGGGUUGGGCAGUGAUAUACUCCUCGCGCGGCAAACUCAAAGACGAUCAGCUAAGAAUCCAAUCUCAGCCGACGGCGCAUUAUUGCUUCAGGCGCGGUUGUGCAAGCAGCCGGCCGCUGUCAAAGCAGAUGAGGGUUGGCGAUCAAGAUUACGUUUCCAAGGGUUGGCAGUUGCCGACGUUCCAACUGGAUCUGCACCCCCAGCUGAGGCUACUGCAAUAGCAACGAGCCUUCACACGCCAAACGCAUCACCAAGCGGAGGAGGGCCAUGUGCGGUAUAGAUCUAGCGCAGGUUCCGGGCCAUGUCCCGGGUCCGGAUAAGAACCCAUCGCACUAAUCCCGAAGCCGUUCAGCUGGGCUCAAACGACCGAGGUCCAAAUGCUACUCUGUCCAAAGAUCGUCGCCCCUCACUGGAGAGAGAGCAAGUCACAUCGUAACCCUGGGUGGUUAUUCCCGCCGAAGCGGAAGACCCCGUUUUUCUCACCAGACCAUGGAGCCUCCAAGCCCACCCUCCACUCUGAUGUGAAGACCGCCACACUGGCAGACGGGGUGUUCUCCAUGCCGCCCAGAUCACAGAGCUCCCUCCGCUCCGGUGACACUGCAUCAUGCACAGCUUGUCCGAACCUGCUCGGCCGAUGUGAUGUAUGCCCUUGUCCUCGCCGGGUGCUGCUGCGUAUUCUCUUGAUAUUUCGCAAAUCUUAUGGCUGCCCGGCAUGGAUAUGUUACCCUAACUAGCAGGGCAUCAGGGGUACGGUAGUAGGCUAGGUCCCAGUCUAGAAGCACUGUCAAGGAUCAAGGGCGAGUGUUUGAUGAACCUGUAAGCUUCUAAUAUGCGCUAGGCUCAACACCGCAGACUCGGUAAGUGGACUUUUCCUUGCCCCCAGCCUUUAACUGGCCACCCCCUAGUGUUGCCUCCUAGUACGGCCUGUCUACAGCCUUCGACUUUUAUAUCAACCAUCGACCUCAACGAAAUCGACCGUGUACGCAAGGAGGAGGAAAGGGAAGACCAAAGACCACCAAAGACAAUCACCGGCAAGGAAUGGCGACCACGAGGUCGCUCUAAACAACAAAGCAUUCUCCAUCCUACCAGUCCGCCGCCUCUGAUCAAUCCUCACGCCACCAUGGCCAUCGAAAACCGCGGGCCGGUACUGUCAGCGGUGGCCAUCUUUCUUGUGACGAUGGCCACCACCUCAUUCGUCUUGAGGGCUUAUGUGCGCGCGUUCAUGGUGAGGGCAUUUGGUGUGGACGAUUGGUUUAUGCUGUUUGCUACGAUAACGUUCAUUCUCUUUGUCACGUCCGUAAACAUCGGAGUGCACUACGGGACGGGUCGCCACUUUGCAGACCUCGAGCUAUCUGAUUUCAAAGAUGCCAUGCAGUUUUGGUAUUAUUGCUACAUCUGGUACUGCUGGACCAUGAUCUUCUCCAAGAUCUCUAUUGGAAUCUUCCUUCUGCGCAUCAUCGUCGAGCGCAUCCAGGUCUGGUUCAUCUACAUGGCCCUCACCAUCAACGUCUUGACCGGAAUGGUGUUUUUCUUUGUCACCACGCUCCAGUGCCAGCCUGUGUCGUAUUUCUGGAACAAGGACCAACCCGGCAAAUGCAUUCAAAUUGAUAUCAUCAUCGGCCUGACCUACCUCUACUCGAGCCUCAACAUCAUUGUCGACUUCACAUUCGCUAUACUGCCCAUCUUCAUUGUCCGCAAGCUCAACAUGAAGCGGAGGAUGAAGGUUGCCAUCAUGCCGCUGCUCAGCAUGGGCUGCAUCGCGAGUUCCGCAGUGGUUGUCCGGCUUGCAUACGUUGAGACAUUUAGGAACCCCGACUUCCUGUUUGCCACAGUCGACAUUGCCAUCUGGUCUACCGUCGAGUGCGGCCUGGCCGUCUCAGCGGGAAGCCUGGCAUGUAUCAGGCCGCUGUUCAAGGUCAUCAUGCACCGCCUCGGUCUGUCGACCGAAUCAUACUUGCCACCAUCAAAGGGGCUCAACGGAAACGUGUCGGGCCGGGGCGCACAGCAGCCGCCGCCGACCAUCGGCUCGUCAAACAAGGCGCUGCGCCGCAGCAGCGACAUCUUUCACAUGGGGACGCUAUUCACGCGCGUAGAUAAAGACGAGGAGGCAGUCCUCGACGACAAGGAAUCAACAACUAAACUUGUUCAGGGCGGAGGCAUCGUCAAGACCAGUACAGUCCGGGUCAAGAUCGAGCCGAUGGUGACCAAUGGGUCCGGGUCCGGGUCAGAGCGUGGGGGCUCAAGUAAGGAGGACCUACGGAUGUUCAAGGGACACAUGACCCGCAGUCCUGUGUGAUUGGCGCUUUGAAUGGAGCAAGGCCGCCGCUUCUGUAACAACAAUAUGACUUAUUAUGUACUACUAUCACGUAUGCUCGAACAUCACACAUGAGGCUGGGUCUGUGGGUCUGGAGUCAUGGGGUUUAUUAACGUUGACCUUAAAUUCUAAUAGCCAAAUUCUAUAUGUGCAAUCUGGAACGAGACUGUUGCAGCUUGGUUGACAUGAGCGACAUUUGGUCACGGAUUCAGCGCGUAUUCAGUGACAUGUCGUCGGAAGC